GUGGAUCCACUGACAACAGACCUAUCAACACCAUAGCUACACAAAGCUGCAGCACUGGCUUCAUCCUCAAUGGAGACAUUGUCAGAGUUUGUCAGAAUGACAAAACAUGGAAUGGCUCACCUCCAACUUGUCAAGUUUCUUGUGGCCCCCCUCCCACUAUUAAUAACGGAUCUCUCGGACAACCGACCAGCACCAUGAUCAGAGGAGAGGUGACCUACACCUGUGUCACUGGAUUCAUUCUUAUUGGCCCUGAAACCAUCACAUGUUUGAGCACUGGCAACUGGAGCAGCUCACCGUCCUGUCAGACCCCUCCCCCUGUGUACUUGUCCCUCUCCUCUACCAACUACUUGUCUGGGCUCUCUGAGAUCCCCCUGUCCUCCGUGGGAGACGGGAGUGGCCUCGUCUGUCAUACUAAUCUUGCUGGCUGCUGUGAAGGGAACACGGGAGAUUGGCACUAUCCUAACGGGUCUGUUGUUAUGGAGGAUGGAGCGUUGUACAUUAGCAGAGGUCAGAUGAGUGUCAGUCUGAUGAUGAGUGGAACAGCUACUGCUCCUGCUGGUGUCUACUGCUGUGUGGUGCCUACCAGUGGAGGGAUGGACACAGCAUGCAUUGUGUUAGCCUCCUCUACUGAUGAGAGCUCCCCCUCCUCUGACAACACUGGUGCUGUGGUGGGAGGAGUGGUGGCCCUGGUAGCAGUGGUAGCAGUGACUGUAGUGAUGGUGACCUACUUAGUGCUCCGAUACAAGAGAGGAGGGAAAAUUACUGUUGCUCGAGAUAUUCCCCUUACUGACCAGGGUCAAAAUGCAACCGCUAUCUACGAAACUGUGCAUGCUACUUAUGAGGAGAUCCCAGCCAACAGAGAGGUCAAAGGUGACUACAGCUACACACAGAACAAUGCCUACUUGACUGAAUGUGGGCCUGGAGAAACUCCAGCUGCUGGAGGAAAAUACAAUAACAACUACAAGAAUUAAUAUCAUGUUUUUAACUCAUGCAAAUGUGAUCAUUAGUUUGUGCACCAUGUAAAAAGUAGCUAUUGUACAAGCCCCUCCCCUCCCACUUCACAAUAGUCAUAGCAUACAUGAUUGGCUUCACGAUAAGUUCAGAGUCACAUGACUACACAGCUGGGUCAUAGACCUGCCUGUUGAAGCCGUCCGUAGGUGAUCAUUGGAAAAGCUAACAAUUAAAAUGGUUUGAAUGGUGUCUGUAUCUGCUGUAGUUUUUAAGAUACAGUGGAACCCCUCUAUAACGAACACCUUUGGGGAACAAUGUUUUGGCCUUUAUACAGAGGUGGCCUUUGUUGAGAGGUUGUUUUGUACACAAAUUGCUCAUUUGGGACCUGGGUGCCUGGCCGUUAUAUAGCAACUGGCCUUUGUUGUUAACAGAGG